AGAGAGACAGAGACAGACACACACAUAGAGAGACUACAGCUAGUGGUGCUGCAUCAGUAACAUGGCCGAGCGAACCGUAAAGAAGACGACAACGAUUCGAACCUCUCACGUGACAGGCGACGAUGACCUCGGCUACUCAAGCUUCCGGUCUGGAAUCAGUCCGCGCCGGAGCACAGUCAGGGAGGCUUCCCUGAGGGAGAGCCCCGUAUUACAACGUACGACCGCCUACAGCAGCAGAAUGUUCGCCAGCUCGGCCCAGGGCGAAGGUCAAGUGGUGACGGCACCCGCUGACGUCAUCGCGCACCGACAGAAGGAGAAGCAGGACCUCGGAGAUCUGAACGAACGCUUUGCGACGUACAUCGAGAGAGUCCGCUUCCUCGAAAAGCAGAAUAUCAAGCUGAGAGAUGACGUCACGGACUUCAGGACGAAGCUGGAGGGCCUGUCGGCCAACAUCAAGGCGACGUUUGAGACAGAGCUGCAGGAAGCGCGUCGCCUCAUCGACGACACUGCGCAUGACAAGGCCAAGGUCGAAGCGCGCAGCGCUCGCCUGCAGGAGGAGCUAGACGAGUACAAGAAGAGCUUUGAUGCGUUGUCCCGGCAACGGGCCGUGGAGAAGGAUCGCCUCAUGAAGCUGGAGCUACAGCUGUCAGACAAGGAUGCUGAGGUGGACCAGCUGAGCUCCAAGUUCGACAGUCUCAGCGAUGACCUCGGUCACUACAAGAAGGAGAUCGCACAGCUGACUACGGAUCUACCCAACCUACGAUCG